UGUGAGCAAUAUGGCAGAAGGCCAGGAGCAAGAUCACACUGACGACUAUGGUACGUAUACAGGAUUGCCAGACAUCCCAGCAGGAGCCGCUCCAUGUGAUUAUCAUGAGACCAGCAGAUUCAACCAGUGGUUCAUCCCAGCUACCUUCUUGCUUGUGUUUCUGCUGGGUCUGAUAGGGAAUGGACUGGUGCUCUAUGUCCUGAAGAGCAGGCGUUGCUCCUGGCAUUUAUCCGACCACUAUUUGUUCCAUUUGACUCUGUCUGACCUUCUCCUGGGACUUACUUUACCUUUCUGGGCAACACAGUAUGCCUAUGGGUGGAUCUUCGGUUCUAUACCAUGUAAGCUGGUAGGAGCUCUUUUCUCCAUUAACAUGUACAGUAGCAUUUUCUUCUUAGCCUGCAUUGGACUGAACCGGUACUUUGCCAUUGUGCACGCAGUGGAGCUCCAUAGAAAGCAAAGACCCAUCCACACAUUCCUAAUCUGUGCUCUUGUAUGGGGCACCUCAUGCUUGCUCUCAUUGCAAGAGUUUUACUUCCGUGAUGUGGACUUUGUUAAACAGUCAAAAGCACAUUCUUGCCAUUACAACUUCAACCCAGAAACUGCUGAUACUUGGAGAACUACCAUUCGUUUUAUUAACCUCGGUCUAGGAUUUCUUCUUCCCUUGGCCCUUAUGUUCUUCUUCUACUGCAGGAUAUUUUGUACUCUUCGAAAGUCCAGACAUGGUCACUCCUACCGUUCUCAAGUGGUUAUUGUAGUACUGUUGUUUGUGUUUGUGCUCUGCUGGGGACCAUACAAUAUAUUCUUGCUUAUUGAUAGUCUACAAAGGUUGGGUGUUAUUGGCCCAAGUUGUUCAUUAUUUAAGCAACUGGACAUAGGACUGACCAUCACAGAGACUUUAGGACUUUCCCAUGUGUGCCUGAACCCUUUUGUUUAUGCUUUUGUUGGGGUUAAAUUCAAGGGUGAACUUUCAAGACUGUCUAAAAGAGUUUCAGGGAAGCUUACAAGCUCGGGGGUUACUGGAAGCAAAGAUGAAUCAGGAGUCAUAGAAACAAAUAAUUCAUAUACUAGAGUCUUUUGAACUAAAUGUAGUUUUGGUCUAUUUCACAUUUGCUG